AUUAUACGGCGAUCAAUCCGGAAUUUGGCACACUGGACGAUUGGAAAUCGCUGGUAAAAAGUGCACAUGAAAAAGGAUUUAAAGUGAUCAUUGACUGGGUGCCGAACCAUACAAGUCCCGAUCACCCAUGGAUCACUUCUCACCCGGAUUUUUUUGUAAAGGACAGUACGGGCAAACCUGCCAUUCCAUUUGGAUGGGCAGAUACGAGACAAUUGGAUUACGAAAACAUGGCGAUGCAGGACAGCAUGAUCGCGGCGAUGAAAUACUGGAUUAGCCAGACAGGGAUAGAUGGAUAUCGGUGCGAUGUUGCGUGGAAUGUACCUGGAUCAUUUUGGACAAAGUGUAUUCCCGAACUGAAAAAAUCAGACGGGAAUAUUUUUAUGUUAGCCGAAGCGGAUAAACCUUACCUGCAUCCAAGUGGUUUUGACGCCACUUACCCAUGGGAAAUGUUUCACAUGAUGGUGAAAGUCGCGAAAGGGGAAAGACCUGCGUUUGGGCUUGACAGCAUCAAGGCAAGGUAUGACACACUUUAUCCGAAGAAUGGUUUGUUAUUGUACUUUACGAGCAAUCAUGAUGAGAAUAGUUGGAACAAAGCCGACUAUGGAACGAUGCCUGGUCCGAUACAUGCACCAUUCGCCGUAUUUACUCAGACGAUGUAUAAAAGUGUACCACUAAUUUAUAGUGGGCAGGAAGAGC